AGUAGAAGAAGAAACACCGGCGGACCUUUAACAGAACAGGAAGUAGUGUGUGUAGGUAAAGCGGCUAAGCUGUUGGCCGCUAUUAUGGCGCUUGAUGUGAAAACCAGAGCAAAACGGUACGAGAAGCUGGACUUCCUGGGAGAGGGUCAGUUCGCCACGGUCUAUAAAGCCAGAGACAAACGGACUGACACGAUAGUUGCUAUUAAGAAGAUUAAGGUCGGCCACAGAACGGAGGCCAGAGAUGGUAUAAACCGCACCGCGCUCAGAGAGAUCAAGUUGCUCCAGGAGCUGCAUCACCCAAACAUCAUCGGGCUGUUGGAUGCCUUUGGACAUAAAUCAAAUAUAAGUCUGGUGUUUGAUUUCAUGGAAACAGACCUGGAGGUCAUCAUUAAAGACACCAGCCUUGUCCUAACUCCAGCCAACAUUAAAGCCUACAUCCUCAUGACGCUACAAGGGUUGGAGUUCAUGCACCGACACUGGGUCCUGCACAGGGAUCUGAAGCCCAACAAUCUGCUGUUAGACGGGAGCGGGGUGCUGAAGUUGGCCGAUUUUGGUUUGGCCAAAGCUUUUGGCAGCCCCAACAGAGUAUACACACAUCAAGUUGUGACCAGGUGGUACCGCUCCCCUGAGCUCCUGUUUGGUGCCAGGAUGUACGGCGUGGGCGUCGACAUGUGGGCUGUGGGGUGCAUCCUGGCCGAGUUGCUUCUGCGGAUACCGUUUCUUGCUGGAGACUCGGAUCUUGACCAACUGACCAAAAUCUUCGAAGCUCUCGGGACUCCCACAGAAGAGACCUGGCCUGGGAUGACCAGCCUACCAGACUACGUGUCCUUCAAGAUGUUUCCUGGCACCCCUCUGGAGCAUAUUUUUAGUGCGGCUGGAGACGAUUUACUUGAGCUCCUGCAAGGCCUCUUUACCUUUAACCCAUCAACGAGGACCACGGCUACACAGGCUCUAAAGAUGAAGUACUUCAGUAAUCGCCCGGGCCCCACUCCCGGUCCCCAGCUACCCCGACCCAACGCCUCAGCUGAAGCUUUGAGGGAGAAGGAAACGGUUGGACUGAAGAGGAAAAUAGAGGGCUUGGAUACAACCGUAAUGAAGAAGAAGCUCAUUUUCUGACCUGCUGGGAUCUGCUAGAUAAGAAGAAAUCUAUGAACUUCUCCUGGGAUGCAGGAAUCUCCACUGGAUUUAAAUGAAAAUCCAGAUUCAGCAGAGCCAGGCUCAGAUGAGGUGGACUUUAGGACUUUCUGGGAGCAAUAAUAUUUAUGUGGGGACUGUCCACCUAGGUUACCUCAGGAUAUCCUGUGUGCUGCUGGUCUCAGGCUCAAGAUGGUUCCUCAUCGAUGCUUCAACUCUGGAAGCUCAUGGGAAUAUAUAAGUUUGUUACAUAAAAAAAAACACAAGUCUUAUUCAUGUCAUGAGUGUAUUUUUUAUGUAUGAAUAAUAAAUGAUAUGAAUGCAAAUCUGA